AUGGCAGAUUUUAUAGAAUUAGCCAGGAAAAUGAGAUGUAGGUUUUGUUAUUCUAACACAUCAGAAAUUACAGAACUCAAUCCAUUAUACUUGAAAACAGGACAUGUCAGGAAAGAUAACUCCGGACAUUCACUACCGGAAGUUGAUCUACUCGUGUCAAAAACAUUGGCAAAACUGUAUUGUUUUUCACUUUGUACUCAUUAUCUAGGACUUUUGUCUCCAUCAGACAGUGAGGACCAUCCUACUGACCAUCCUACUGACCAUACAGAUGAAAUCAAAGUUCUGUCUCUAAAAAGAAAAUUGCCUGCUGCUGCAUUCAAUUUUUCUCUGUCAGAGAAUGACUACAGUGAAGAAUUCAGCCCCAAUGACUCUGAAAGUACACAGCAAGUUUUGUCACCACUAAAAGGAGAGCUACCUGCUGCAGAAGCAUUUUCACCAUCAAUAUUAAAGAAAGACCAUUUCCGCCAAGGGGGUAACCUUAUAUGUGACUAUUUUUACAACACUUAUAUUCAACUUACAGUUAAAAUCUUGCCAUAUUUGGAAAGAGGAAGUCUGAUUUAACAUUUAUAGGUAAGUAAAACAAUUUUAUUUCUUGUUUUCUGUUUUUAAUUAAAUAGGGUCACUUUUUCUGAAUUUUGUAAAAAUGUUUGAUUUUCAAAGUACAUUACCAUACCAUUAAAAAAUAGUCCAGACUGUUUUUUCUAAGAGAUAGAAAGAAA